AUGGGAAAACAAGAGCAACCUCGGAGAUUGGGAACUCUAAAUUGCAAAGAUGGUGUGAGAAGGAGAAUAGGAAUAAGAAGGGAUGCUAUAUUUGGAUUUGGGGCAUUAUGGGUGUUGUGUUGGUAUUAUGAGCUGGAAGAUUGGGAACACAUACUUGGUCCCGCCAUUUUCUUAGGGCUGUUAUUUCUUUUGCACAUGGAAGCUUUGGUCUGUGAGUCACUGUUCUUAACAAGAAGAGCUUCUACAAUGAGUUUGAGUGGUACUGUGAAUGAUGCAACUGCUACAAAUUUUCCUUGUGGCUGCUCUGAGACCUCAGGAUCAGGGUCUUUUUCUGGAUGUUCAUCUAACAACAGUUCCACUCAUUUUUGCAUCAAGUGUGACUUCAGCUAUGAUUCUGUACUCACUCUUGAAGGUGAAGACUCCGAGUGGAUCUCAAAUUCAAAGCCUUAUCAUGGAUUGUCAUCUGAGAAACCUUCAACUCCUCUAAACACCAAUGGAAUACACUGUGACAGAUCAGAAGAUAAUGUUUCAGUGGAGCAUCUUUUAGAAAUUGAGGACAUGCAAGAGUUUAGUGCUGAUGGACCACUUUUUUGGCCAUAUGAAGGGAAAUUCAGCUGGAAUUUUGAGGAACCCUGGAGCCCGUUUUGUAUCUCACCUAUGAGAGGACUUGUGUUUGGUUCUAGAUCAAUGGCACCAAGGAUAAAAGAAAGUAAUAAUAAAGGCCAUGGAAGUGUAUGCUGUGUAACAUCUGAACCUUAUAUGUCAUGUAAAAGUUCAGCAGAGAUUGCAGCAUCAGAGUUGAAUGAUGAGAAAGUUACAUUGAAGAGCACAAAAGAUGGCAACGAAAUGCUAUUUGGUGACAAGACUCUUAUUAAUGACCUUCUAUUGGGUAGAGAAGAAUUUUGUUUGGAUCAUGAGCCUGAGAUUCCAAUUGAGACAUUGGUGGGGCUGAAGGAAUUUGAUGGACAUGAAGGGCUUGAUUCAGAAUUUAAUGGUGAUGUGUUCAUGCUGGAGUAA